CCGGGACAUGUUGUCAUUGGCACGCCGAUAAGCCAGUUCUGCUCCCGGAAAUAGACUACAUUUCCCAGCACACCCUGCGCGUUUUCUUCCUUCCCUCGUUCCUUCCUGCAGCCUCGGCCCUUCUGCUGUGAAAAAGGAAGAUGAGAGUCCGCAGCAGUCCACCGACACCGAGUCGAACCUGAACCGAGUCUGACUCCCAGCGGGAUGGAGGCAGAGCGGCUGCUGACGGACCGGAGCCCGAGCUCAGCUGCCGCUCCCCGGCCUUGAACUCGUCACGUCCGCCGCUGGAGCCUCGGAGCCCGGAGGAGCGGCGGGUGGAGCUGCAGCCUGCCGGGCCGAGCCGUGCUGAGCUGAGCUGAGCUGCCGUCCUCUCCCUCCCUGCUAACGAUGCCCAGCUAGCUGCUGGUCUGAAGCCUCGACUGCACCGCACCCUGAACCCCCAACAGAUCCCUCCUGACCCCCAUCAGUGAUCCUGCAGGCCGCAGUAUGGAGCGCUCUGGCAGCAUCCAGCUGGACAUCCCAGACUUCAGUAACUCUGUUCUAUCACACCUGAACCAGCUGCGUGUUCAGGGCCGGCUCUGUGACAUUGUGGUCAAUGUUCAGGGCCAGAGCUUCCGGGCGCACAAGGUAGUCCUUGCUGCCAGUUCACCAUACUUCAGGGACCACAUGUCUCUGAGCCAGAUGAGCACUGUGUCGCUCACCGUGAUCCGCAACCCUUGCGUGUUUGAGCAGCUGCUGUCCUUUUGCUACACAGGCCGCCUCUGCCUGCAGCUUGCGGACAUUAUCAGCUACCUGACGGCUGCCAGCUACCUGCAGAUGCAGCAUAUCAUUGACCGCUGCACUCAGAUCCUGGAGGGAAUCCACCUAAAGAUCAGCCUGGCUGACCUGGAUGAGGAGACCUCUGAGGAUGCAAUACGAGUGUCCAGGGGCAACCGGACCCUGGAGGCGGUGGUGCGAGGAGUUGGUCAUCCUGCAACCCUGCGACUCCUCGGCCCGCGAGGAGCAGCAGAGGCUUGCGAGGCGAUCAGCCCUGUGGAGGAGCCUCUCAGUCCCCCACCGACAGUGGAGCACAGUGGACUGGAAGGUCCGGAAGCCACUGCCGUCAGAGUGGGCAAAGAACCAAUUCUUCGCAUUAAUCGAGCUGGUCAGUGGUAUGUUGAGACGAGCAGUGAGCCAGAGAGGAGCGGCAGUGCUGAGGAGAGCGGGGGCAUGGAGAGAGUGAGAAUCAAGACAGAGAGGAUGGAGGACUGGAUUGGAGCAGGAGAGCACCAAGAAGAGGGGGGGGCGAUGGAGGAGGGGACCACUGUAAUGAUUGACACGUCAGGACGCAGCACGCUGGUGACUGGGCCAGUGGGAGCGCUGGGGACUCGGAGCACUCAACCAUCCUCCAGCUUCAGUGAGACUGACAGGUUCAGUCCCACCGGCAGUGUGGUCGUCUUGGCGGAGCGUCAGAGAGCGAAGAGCGAGUCUCCCAGCAGAGCAGACGAGCUGCGACAACCGAGCUCUCAGGGGGAGGAGAAUGCCGCGUUUGACAUGGGGGGUUAUGAGGACUACCUGAGGGAGCAGGUAGGGGACCGCUGGUUCCGCUACAACCCCAGGCUUACCUGCAUCUACUGCUGCAAGUCUUUCAACCAGAAAGGAAGCCUGGACCGCCACAUGCGCCUGCACAUGGGCAUCACACCGUUUGUCUGUCGCAUCUGUGGGAAGAAGUACACCCGCAAGGACCAGCUGGAGUACCACAUCCGCAAGCACACUGGCAACAAGCCCUUCCACUGCCAUGUCUGUGGCAAGAGCUUCCCCUUCCAGGCCAUCCUCAACCAGCACUUCCGCAAGAACCACCCCGGCUGUGCCCCCCAGGAGGCCCACAGUGCAUCCCCCGAGACUACCACCACCUCUGUCACGUCCAGGGGAGGGCCGAGCGAUGAGGCCUCUCCCAGCCAGGAGGAUCCUGAGGGUGGGGGUGGUGGGAGCAGCAGCGGUGGGGGCCAGUACAGUGAGGGUCCCCAGGCCUCGGUCUCCACCACAGGACCCGACUGACCCUGAGGGAAGAGGAAAGGCAGGGUUUAGGUUGGGUUGGGGAUGACAGUCUUACCCUGUUGUACCUGAAACAACAGGAAACUGAACCCGCUGAAGUCAAAGCAGCAACCGAACGAACACCUCAGAGUCCAAACUGAGAUUUUCCGCUUUAAACCGCAUCUACCUUCACUAACCGAAUGGAACAGAUUAAGCUAAAAAUGAAGAAACGCCACACACUCCAACAACCUCAUAAACCACUCAGUGGUCCUCGUUUGCCUCCGUCUAGUUCGUUAUGUUACAGAUUUCUACUUUUAUAUUUACAGGUAUUACAGGUUCUUCUUACAGGUUCACAAUGCAGCAUCACAACAGUCUGUCUGGUGGAAACUUGCCAAACUACUCAGUGCCAGUUUAACAGUUUAAUCCUUCGUUUUUGCCUUGAGACAAUCUGGAGCAGCGAGGUUACUAAUAAUAAUCCUGCGUGCUCUCUAAGUGCCAAAGCGGCAUGAAAAGAUGACGUUGCACAAAAAGGUUCAAAGAGAAAACUAUGACUGUUUAAGAUCUGCUCCAGUGUGAUCUGAGUUUCUUACCUGAGAUGCCAGUGUCCACACAUAUACAGUACAUUUCAGCACUGAGGACAGUCUCACACUACACUGCUUCACACUACUCUACACUUAUUUUUAUAACCUCAAGCAAACCCGUCACAUCCUGUUCCGACAGAACUGAUCACUUAGACCUAAUCCUACAAACCACAUGUCUUUUUUUCACUUGGCCUGAAACUGAUAAGUAGUUUAAUCAUUUGGUUAACAACUUUGUGACAAUCUUAAAGAGCACAUGUUGACUUAUCUAAAAAUUGUCUGAUAAUUUUAAAAGCGUUUGUCCUGAUCCAAAUGAGAAUAGAGGUUUAAAUUUUAAAUUUCAGUUUACUGACUGAUGCUGCUGAAGAAGUCUGACUCUGUUUUUUCUCCAGACUCAACAAGCCAACAUUUUCUAUAAUCAGCACUAAGAACUUCAGUAGCAUCAGUAUAUAAUCUCUACUGUUGUGAUCCAUUUUCAACCUCUGAUAAACCUCCUUAACAUGGUUAAAGCAACACCUUCAGAGCACUUUUCUGGUUGAAUUUUAUUGAUCAAUUUUUAUACAUUUUAGUUCCAUAUAACCUUUAAUUCGUAUAAAACAACUUUCAACUGAUCUCCAAUUCAGAUGAAAACAUGCAUCCCAACAACAGGGUGCACUGACAUGGCCUAAAACUUUGUUUCAGUACACAAACCUGGCUGUAAUCCCUGGGUAACCUUGGCGUACUGCACCACACAAACCUAAGCUCUAUCCGGAAUAAAAUGCUGAUACAUAUACAGUUAAACAACUGAAAUACACAUUUGAAAUCUAGAUUUAGAUUAAAGAUGAUACGGUCAGUUUAAAUGUAGUUUUAAAGCAGGGAGUGUGUUUUCUAAAUCGAAUGAUUGAGAACUGUAGAUGAUCUUUGAUCUUCUGCGUUAAUUAAUCAGAACUCACCUGGUGAACCUCUCUGGAGCUUUCUACUGUGUCUCAUGAACUUCUCCAGUAAACUGAACCUGUCCAGGUGUGAACAGGUGACCCUUGCAGAGGUCUCUGCUUUUUAAAACCAAGAAUGUAAAAAACAGGCUUGUUCUUUCAUGGAGUCCUUGCUUUUAAGGCGUUCCUCACAAGUUCUCGAACCAACUAAACGCGCUGACAGUUUGGGAAGCUGUUAUCUUCCAGGUGUUACUCCCAGCAGAGGGGCAAUCUGCAAGUUCACACAAGUUAACUUCCAGUGCAUCUUGGGUAAGAUUGGCCGGUCGAGAACUUUUAAUUAAAACCAUUCUUGGUGAAGCGUAAACUUGUGAUUUGGGACACCAUGGGGGGCACGAGAACACAGACAAUAUAAAAAUGCCCACUGAGAAAGGCCUUCAGUGAACAGCUGGUGUUACAUGACAGGAAACUAAAAUGUAUGUUGAUAACAAGUUCAAGCCUCAAAACUCACAUUCACCUGAUUUUCAGGUUCAGCUCUUGGAGAAGGUCAUGGCAUGCAUGUGAGGUUCCAGUUAUAAAGGGAUGAAUCAGAAAGGAGGUAAUGAAUCUCCAGCCUCAUCUUCCUCACGCUCCCUGCAGAAGAAACAGUCGGACUGAAACUCUGAUCACACUGGAUCUGUUAACUUGGCAGAAAUUCAAAUUCUUUAGCGUUGGAGUUUCUCGUUGGGGUAGAUUUAAGGAACCAUCCGGCAGCCUGUUGACUGACUCACCGCAGGAAAUCUGGACUCAGUCCAGCCUCAGAUAAGCUACAUAGCUCAGUUACCUCUCAUCACUACGCAAUACGGCUGCUGCACUGCACAGCACAGCACCACCGGGGGGCGCUCUGACCUACUCACACAGAAUGCCCCGUCAGUCUUCUCAGAUAUUUUUAUAGACAAGCAUGUGUUCUUUGUUUUUGUUUUUCUCGGACACUUUUUUGCUCUGACAAUGUGUGUAAUGAACGACAGGAGUUGCACGUAAAGGAGGAAGAGUCGACCUGAUCAACAGUGUCUUAUUGGGCUGGUGACGCCUUAAAUCUGCCGCCCGUCCAGACCAAGAGUACGCCCUGAGACGUCAAACUGGACCUACUGAGCUUUUAAGCCUUAAAAGCUUUUAAUUCAUCCUCAGAGAAACGGGACAAACUGAGAUAGGAGCUAAAUUUAUCUGCUGAAUAAUAAUGAACAAAUUGUUCUCUGUUAGUUUCAGUACAAACCUAAGACCUCAUAGUUAACAGAGCAAUGUUAGCAAGCGAAGCUAGUUGAUGUUAACAUGUAUUAUAGAGAUCAACUUUAGCUUUAGGGUAGUUAUUGUGUCAGAUUACAUGUGCUUACAGUGCUGCAGUAAUCCAUCCCUCAUCCCAGAUCUCUUUGGAUAUAAGACCUAAAUUUAAGAGCUAACUUUAGGUAACACAAGCUAACUGAUGCUAAUUACUUAACAUUGUAAGCCUCAAGCAGACAAUUUUUUUUUUAUUUAGCCAACAAGCUAACCAUUUGUUUUUAAUAGAGCAGAUGAAGUGAACUCUGGUGGUUAAGAGUUGCUUUACUGAUGGCACAGCACAGCGCCUCCUGCUAAUAAAGCUAGCUUUACUUAUCAAGCUAAUUUUUAUUAUUUAGAUUUAACAUAUUUAAGAUAAUGUAUCUAAACAAAUUGUUUUUUACUGGUUCAGAGCACAAAGACCACAUGACUUUAAGCUAACGUCAGAUAGUGUGUUAUUUACCGUGUGUAAAAACAGAUUCAUUUUUAGCUAGCUCAGCUGUAUUCAAGCUAAUGUAUGUGAACCAGGGAGCUAAUAUUAGCAUGCUAACGUCCUAUUUUCAACUUCAGAAAGAAGACUUAAAGGAAAACUUGUUCCCUCAGACGGAAAGUGAAACCUCCCCUCCUGCCAGAAAUUUUGUUAGCCUAGCUUAGUACAAAGACACAGUAGGCUCAACCUGAAGAGAGUCAGGCUCCCAAGCAUGUGUUAAAUCUGUAGCUAACUUUAGCUCACCAGCUAAUAGGACAUGAUCCAAAGAACCUUAAUUUCACAAUAAUGUAACCCUUAUGGUGAGGUGAGUGUUCAUAGUGACCAGGUACAUGUUCAUUCACACCAGAGCAGCAGAGGUAAUGCAUCGCCACAGCAGACUGCUCUGAUCAGGUCGACACAGUUAGUAGGGACAGGACCAGGAGCUGGACCCUGUCAGACCAGAUGGAUGUACAAGCCAGGCAGGAGCUGGACUAAAAGAACCCUCCAGAGGUCAAAGUUCACCUGCUGGAGGGGGGAACAGGUGGGACCACCUGGCAACCAAAGGAUUGACGACAUGAGCACGUUGGCGAGACAACUUCAGCACUUAUCAGAGAGCGAGAGAGAGACGGGAUCAAACUGAACUUUUUAUAAGAACUGAAUUAUUACUCCUCAUAUUAUCAGACACAUAUUUAAACAACUACAAUGUUUCUGCAUUAUUAUGUAAGCAGGCUAAGUGCAGAUGUAUGCUAGGUAGGCAGGUAGCACACAGGUUGGCUGUUACUGUUUUUCUACACAGCUGUGAAUCAGACUCAGAGGACCCAUCAUUUUUUAUGCAACUGAAGCCAGCGGCUUGUCCUCACUUCGGCUGGCUGGACUCCGUUUUCCUCCCAGAACCCGCCGCUGCCACCGCCGCACUCCCUCUUCAGGCUAAACCAGGAACUAUCAGGUAUACAGACUCUUUCUUUAUCAGUGAAUCAGACGUUUACCUUUCCCUACGUAGCAGAAUGCUAACGGCUAAACCUCAAUGUGAGCUGCAGGCCACAGAAACAAAACUCACCUGUGAAUAUACAACAGCAGCAGCAGGUAAGAUACUCCUCUGAGUCCCUGCAGGAGGCGACAAAACACACACCUGAGCUGGACAACAAUGAGUUAGCCUCCAGGAGGAUUAGAGACAGGCUGUUUUUGAAACCGCCUACUAUACUAGCAGUACGUACUUAUUUGGCCAAAAGUCGGUAUGUAGUAAGUAGUAUGUGAAAAAGAGCAAAAUCUGCUGUAAGCCAAAACUCCCCGGAUGUCGUAUUGAUUCGGGAACAUUUCUCAGUCUGCAUUGGACCAGUCUGCCUUGCGUACUGUUUCCCACAAUGCAUAGCGCUCGUUACGCUUUUUUGUUUUCUCUUCUUUUUUGGACGGGGGAAACUCAGUUUUUAGGUGCUGUGAAAAUGAUUCAAUUCCAUAUAAACCACUUCCUACCUUUUUUAAUCAUAAGUGAUGCUAAAGAAGCAGUUUCUCUAUCGGCUUGGCCGUUGUUUACCUCCGCUUUCUGAAACCGGAAAUUCAGUGACGUCUGACCCAGUGUACUGCAACACAGAUCGAACAGAACAGUCAUACUACAUACUAAAUUCAAACAUAGUAGGCAAUACCUACUGACUACUACAUUAGUAGGUAGUAUGUAGCAGGCUGUUUCGAAAACAGCCAGAGUGUUGCCAAUUGUUCUUUAAGUCCUGGUACUCCACUCAUCAUUGUAUCAUAUGACCGUUAUCAGUGAUCGUUAGUUUUACAUUCUAAAUUUCCACAUUUAAUAAAGACACCUGAAGAUGAUUAAAAGACUCAUCACUGAGCUUGUCUCCACUCUACCAUCAGGUUUUUUAAACCAUACAGCACUCGGGGCACUUUGGGUUACGACUCUGCUUAAAACAGUCAGGUGACCGUAACACAGUGUGCCAUGGGUAAUGUAUUUUAGCUAAUGAGAAUCACCAGUGAAACAGUCUGGAUACUCACCUGUGCUAGGCUAACCAACAUGAUGUCUUCAUUUAGGCUAACAUAAAGAAAAGUAAAUUUUAGGCUCAACUCAUCAGAGAGCCAAGUCUGUGCACUACUCUGGAGGUCUGAAGCUUGAACCAUCCAAGGUCUGUGCUUUAGUUUUGAAUGGAUGCAUCAUCAAACAGUAACCCUCAAACACUACUCUCAAACUAGAAAACCAGAAUGUCUCCAUGUUGUCCAGCUCAGACACUCGAUCGUUCGUCCUGUAGAAACUCGAGGAGCAGACAGACAGACCUCAGUGCAGAAGAGACGUGAAGAGACGAGUCCUUUCAUCCUAAAUAAACAUGUCUUCAGUUUUUUUGAUCACCUGAACAGGAGGAACAUCUGAACUCCAUCCUCAUGUUUCACUCUGAAUAAACGGGUCGGGUCCUCUGGACACUUUUCUCCUCUCUGCACUGAAACAUCUUUUUUUUUUUAAACUCAUGUCAAGCCAGUUUUUAUCAAACAGCGGAUUCCAGAUCAGCUGGUCCGGUCAGGUCUGAGGAUCCAUGAAGGAGGAAGAGUCAAGUCAGAGUUAAGGUUCAGGUCUGACAUGAACCACAGAGUCUUCAGCAUCAGCAGGUUCUCUUAUCGCUGACUUCAUAGCCGAAUGAAAAUCAAUCUGUGAUAAAGUAACGUCUGAUUAAUGAUGAGGUGUUUCAAAGACUGCUGGUUAUCAAAAACAUCUGUUAUCUAUUACAGAGCAGACGCUGAUUUAAACCCAUCCAGCUUCAUGUGGAUAGGAUGUCUCCAGUUGACCUCUGUCAGUAAACUCCGCCCACAUUGAAGACAUUUUAUACUCAGAAUAAACUUUUACCUGAGUGUGACAUGCUGGCACCUCCUCCUCCUCCAUGGUUCCUCAGUUUAUUUCAGUUCAUCUUCAAACUGUGAAAACAGCCAAACCUCAUCUUCAUCAUCAUUAUCAUCAUCACGCUCUGGUCUCAUGGUGUCUGUGGGUCGGUCGAGGCUCUUCUUCUUCUCUUUUUGCUUUAUAAACGCCAAACUUGUGUUCUUUUUAUUUCUGUGUGAAUCAUUUUGAAUCUCCGUAACCUUGACCACGACAUGCCUAACGAUGAUCAUUUCUUCACGUCAUGAGAUUACUCUGAACUGUUGAUUCCUAAAGUAUAUCCUAAUAUAUCAAACAAAGAAAAACAACUUUAGUAAAUUUAACUUUUAUUACUGUACAUUUUUUAAAGAGGAGGUACUGAACGCUCUGUAGAGGUUUAUGUGAAGAUCUUUAUGUUGCAUGUCUCUGUUGGUGGGGGGGUGGGGGGGUGGGUCAAAGGUCGAUUAUUAGAUAAUAAAAUGUGAAGACGCUUCUUUCACCAUGACCACUAGAUCACUCACAGGAUGCAUCUCCUUCAGAGGAAAUAAAGCACUUUAAGUGUCAAA